AUGGUCUCCUUCACCAAGCUCUUCACCGCCGGCCUCGUUGCUACCUCUGCCAUCGCCGCCCCAGUGCAGCAGCAGCAGGCUAAGCGCAGCAGCUCCAGCAAGCGUGGUGCCGCCUACAACGACAUCACCACCGUCUCCGCUCUGAGCAGCAGCAACACCAUCUCGUGGGCCUACAACUGGGCCGGAUCCCUCUCCGGAUCCCUUCCCAGCGAUGUCGAGUUCAUCCCCAUGCUCUGGGGCGCUAGGGACUUUAGCGGCUGGGUCACCACCAUCGAGACCGUUCUGUCCAGCGGCAGCAACUACAUCCUCGGUUUCAACGAGCCCGACAUCGCGUCCCAGGCCAACAUGAGCCCCUCCGAUGCCGCCAGCUACUACCAGACCUACAUCACCCCGUACUCUGGCCAGGCCAAGCUCAUCACCCCCGCCACCAGCUCCUCCACCAGCGACGGCCAGGGUCUCUCCUGGAUGAACUCCUUCAUGGACUCCUGCUCCAGCUGUGGCAUCACCGGCAUGGCCGUCCACUGGUAUGGCAACACUGCCGAUGAGUUCAAGUCUUUCGUCACCGAGGCUAUCAGCACUGCUAGCAACCACAACCUCUCCGAGGUCUGGAUCACUGAAUUCGCUCUCGCUGCUGAUGCCAACGGUUCUGCUGAUCUGGCUACUACCACUGCUUUCCUGAACGAGGUUAUCCCUUGGUUGGAUUCGCAGGCUGGUGUCACUCGCUACUCUUACUUCAUGUGUGCUGAGAACUACCUGCUCUCCAACAGCGCUCUCAACGAGGCUGGUGUUGCUUACACUUCUACCUCUAACUAG